CCUUCGUAAUGUGGCAUUCUGUCCCUGAACCGGGGAGCUUCUGUGCCUUAGGUCACUUCAGCCCAGGGCGAAAUAAAAGACAUCGCCAGAGUAAGUGUCCAGGCUCCCACUGAAAUCGCGUUCCUUUGACGUUAUCGACAGCUCUCCGAACCCCGAUUAGCGAGAGAGCAGGUUUGAAUGCGCGUCGUCGACUAGCUGUCGGGCCUACUUUCUACGCGACUCGCUACUGAAAUCCACGACGCGCGCUGGGUCCAAUCCGACGAGGAGCCAAGCCGCCCACCGAAAUUGACAGUUCCGUGCUUACAAAAAGCGCCACGCCUCUGCCGCUUUCGCGUCUCCACUCCGAUUUUCGAAUUGUUUCAAAAAGAGGGCUUCGCAGCCCCAGCCGCGAACGGCUGAGGUCUUCGUAGUCGCGCCGCACCUCGCGUCAUCUCUGACGGAGGGCUGCGAUCUAUUUGGGCUGACAGCUAAGCAUUUUGCAGACGAUGGAUGCGAUGGCAGCGCGGCUUCAGAGCUCGUUCGACGAGGUGCUGGCAUCUGCAUCACUGCUGGUGGAGGCGGCUUCCUCUGCUCCUCGCGCUGAUGCACAUUCAGGCUCCGGUGCGCCUCGCAGCGAGGUGGCAGUAGCAUCGGCCCUGGAGGUGUUUCAGAGCCGAGUGGACCUCUUUCAAGCCGCAUGCGACCGGGCUCAACAGCAAGUGGACGCAGCGAGGCACCGGCUGCUGUCGGAGAGCCUGGUGGACGAAGCAAGAGGCGCAGCAGCUGAUGCGUCUGCUGUGGGUGCAGCAGCAGGAGAGGGGGGCCAGCAGAUGGUGCUGGGAGCAACGCGGCUGGAGCAGAUCAGCAAGGCUGUGCGGGCUAUGGUGCAGGACCUGCAACACGGGCAGUCUGAAAGGCACUGACCUGCAGCACGGGCAGUCUGAAAGGCACUGACCUGCAGCACAGGCAGUCUGAAAGGCACUGACCUGCAGCACGGGCAGUCUGAAAGGCACUGACCUGCAGCACAGUAGGAGCAGAUCAGCAAGGCCAUGCGGGCCAUGGUGCAGAUCAGCAAGGCCAUGCGGGUCAUGGUGCAGAUCAGCAAGGCCAUGCGGGCCAUGGUGCAGAUCAGCAAGGCUAUGCGGGUCAUGGUGCAGAUCAGCAAGGCCAUGCGGGCCGUGGUGCAGGACCUGCAGCAGAGGCACUUGGAAAAGCACGGACCAGGGAGAGCACAGCAAGGGCGAAUGGAGCAGAUCAGCAGGGGACGAGCUACAUUUGAACCCUCAGCGUGAUUAGAUACGAUGCAGUGUGUUGCAGUUGCAUUUUGGCAUGGUGCAGUGUGGUGUAAGUUCAAACUUGGU